AUGGUUGUAGGCAUGACUUUUGAAGGCACAGGAGCCGCUUUCGGUCAUUUGAAAAAGUGGACGUGUACUUUGCACUCUGGACAUAGGGCGCAUCCGUUGGCGUCAAGAACCGACUCUGACAUUGGUGCCAUAUUACUUCCCUGUCAAGAUGACCAGUUCUGCUGGUUCCAUUUUCAUGUCAAAAAUCUGAAAAACAUUUUUCAUAGCUGGGAGUCCGGCUGGGUCACAUGGGGGAAACGAAGCCGUAAGACGCAUGGACUGUACAGGACAGACAAGAGUCGACACACACACACAGAAAUGAGACACGACACACGUGAUGGAGAACGACACACCUGUCCAAUGUUCAACACAUUUGAUGGCAAAUGUCGGUCACUUGCUCAGGAAGUAUGUAGUCUUGGUGGCCAUGGUCGGGUGGGACACAGUGGUGGCCUCAUCGCAAAGGGCGCUGGCAUUUUUGCUGUCAUUCGGGGUUGUGGGUGCUGUAUCCUCUGUUGGUUUGCCAAGUGGCACUGGGUCCUCGUCAAUGGGCCUCAGCGCUGGAUUCUGUCUGUGCAGGCAUUUUCAUGGGCCGAUUCCGUCAGCGUGGGUGGUUUAUCCUGGGCGCUGGGUUGUUGCCGUUGGUAG